AUGUCUAGGCCUGACCUUCCCAAGACUGUUUGGGAAGAGGAGGCCCCUACCAUCAUUUGCACGCCCACUGAAAGUGCUGGGAGGAGCACCGCCAGACCAGUUGCUGAUUAUGAGAUUGAGGAUGUCACUGUAGAAGUACACCAAGAUGAGGAACUAAACAUUUCCAGGAAAGUUGUCAGGAGUCAGUCUCCAAUGGUGGACCCCAUUCCUGUGCCCUGGAAUACUACUCAGCUGUCUUUCCACAAUGAAAGAAUCGAUCAGAUAACCCGGACAGUUCUCGUCAUCUUGACCAUCUUGAUGACCAUCUUCCUCUACUUCAGGCCUGGCCAACCUGUGGCUCUCCAGCUGUUCUGGAGAGCCACAGGUUGGCCAGGCCUGCUCUACUUCAUCACCGUUCUCCUGAACGUCUUCUUUAGCUCCCCUCAAAUGCGGGAAAAUGCCCGGUAUGUCCUCUUCGCUCAUAUGCUCAUCAAUGAUGCCUUCUACCUUGCCAUGGGGAUGUUUAUUUUACUUUCUGCCAUAUACUAUGUAUAUCUCCCACUGCCCAUUUGUUGCAUCAUGCUCAGCCUGGCGGCAUCUUCAUUUCGGGUGACUCCAUAUAACCUUGCCGUCAUGUCUUUGGAACGUUACAUAGCGAUAUGCUUCCCCCUGAGACACUUAGAGUUUUGUACAGCAGGGCGAGCUAAAUCAGCUGUGUUCAUAGUGUGGGUUGUUGGAUUUGCCCCAAGUAUUGCGGAUAUAUGCGUCAUCGCCUACUAUGGUGAUAAAACAGUAUUUUCUUUCCAUGUGUUGUGUAACCUUUCUAUGCUCAAGAUUAGUCCAAUACAGAAUAUAAUUAGGUCUUUCAUCCAUAUUUUCAGUUUCACCAUGGUGGCAAUAAUAAUUCUACUUACAUACAUUAAAGUGAUGCUGGUAGCCAGAAAGUUUGGUCCAGGUGGGUCUUCUGCAUUUAGAGCUGGUAAAACAGUGUUGCUUCAUGCAGUCCAGCUCAUGUUAUGCAUGGUAUCAUUCAUCUCCUCUCUAGCAGAGACUUACAUCUCCAAUUACAUAAAGUAUACGCUGCUAUCCAACUUCAUCAUCUUCACCUGCUUGCCCAGGUUCCUCAGCCCAGUCAUUUAUGGGAUAAGGGAUGAAGCAUUUAGCAAAUAUAUCAGAAGAUUGUACUAA